AUGUCUGUAGUCACUAAGCUUCGUUCUCCGGUUAAGCCAAUGGCCGAGUCACGAGCCAUCCUCUGUUCGACUGGAAACAGAUUUAGGCCUUCGAAAACAGAGAUCGCGAAGAAGAAGCCACAACAGCAUCCGAAACCGACGAAAUCUCCGGCGCCGGAUUCGUCCGUGACCAGCAACUUUACAGCUUCAACUGAUGACUCCUCUUCUUCGUCAUCAUCCUCGGAACGUUCGUCGGUGAAGACGACAAACUCUGGGAGAAUCAACACUCCGACGAAGAAGAAACGCAACGGAGUAACGAAGCUCAAUAAUGUCGUCGCCGUCGCCGCCGUUAAGGACAUUUCUCCUGAAAUUCCGGGACCGGACAAGAGAUGCCACUGGAUCACACCUAACUCAGACCCGAUCUACGUGUUGUUCCAUGACGAGGAAUGGGGUGUUCCAGUUCGUGACGACAAGAAACUCUUUGAGCUGCUUGUCUUCUCUCAGGCUUUAGCUGAGUUUAGCUGGCCUUCAUUGCUUCACAAAAGAGAUGCUUUCAGGAAGCUCUUUGAAGAUUUCGAUCCUUCAGCUAUAGCACAAUUCACAGAGAAGAAGUUGUUGUCUCUUAAAGUAAACGGGUGUCUUGUUCUGUCCGAACAGAAACUACGAGCCAUUGUAGAUAGUGCGAAGUCGGUUCUCAAGGUGAAGCAAGAGUUUGGAUCAUUCAGCAACUAUUGUUGGAGAUUUGUGAACCACAAGCCAUUGAGAAAUUGUUACCGGUAUGGUCGUCAAGUACCGGUUAAAUCGCCUAAAGCUGAGUAUAUAAGCAAGGAUAUGAUGCAGAGAGGGUUUCGAUGCGUUGGUCCUACUGUUGUUUAUUCCUUCUUGCAGGUCUCUGGCAUUGUCAAUGAUCAUCUCACAGGUUGCUUCAGAUACCAAGAAUGUGAUGUUGAGACUGAGAAACAACUGAGAACCCCUGAGACUGUGACUGAACUCGAACUGCAUUCUCCAUGA